AUGGCUGCCGUUGCCAACGACAUACUCGGCCUCGUCGCCCGCCAGGCCGCCACUUCUGCCUCGUCUGCCAUUAACGAGGUGAUAUCCACAACGACCUCAGCCUCGUCGACAUCAUCACCGACGCCCGACCGAACCUCGCAGGGCCCAGCCGGCCCCUCGCAGUCUGAAGGGAACGGGGGCGGCGGUGGAGGCGGCGGCGCCAGCUCCCCACUGCUAUUCUUCGUGGCGCUGGGCUUUGGCGUUGUGUUUACCAACCUCUGGAUCAUCGUUGGUGUGAAAUACUGCUUCCGGUACAACGCUCGCAACCGACAGAUGCGCCUGAAUGAAGACGGCGAGCCCAUUACCCUCGAAAACAUGCCUCGCCCGCACCGCCGCCGUCGCGAGAAGAAGUUGAUGACGAUGGAGGAGGUGAACGAGAAGUUCCCCAUGAUGAAGUACAAAAGCUGGGUACUUGAGCGCGCUAAGGAAGGCUUGCCCACCGCUGGAGGCGUGUCGGCUCCUCCAAGCCGUGCGGGCAGUGUUCGAUCUGUUCAGGGUAUUGUUCCCGUUGUCGCUCCUGAGGAGCCUUCAAGGGACCGCAAACCGGCCGAUGUUCAGCCUGCUACCAACGCUGCAGCGGCCACGAACGCUCCCGAUGAAAAGAAGGCUACCGUCACGAACGACGUAGAUGGGAACGCCGGUCAGACGUCUGGCACCACUGCUCAACCCACCGCUGCACCCCCACUGCAACGAGUCCACAGUGAGGACGACGAUGACGACGAGCACAUCAAUGCUGCCGUGCCACCUGAACUGCUUGCCUCGAGCGGUGAUACGUGCGCCAUUUGCAUUGACAGUCUAGAAGAUGACGAUGAUGUUCGGGGCUUGACCUGUGGUCAUGCCUUCCAUGCCGUCUGCGUUGAUCCCUGGUUGACAAGUCGACGUGCAUGCUGUCCUCUGUGCAAGGCCGACUACUACACGCCAAAGCCACGCCCCCCGCCUGGUGAGGCCGAUCCCAACAACGCCAACGCCAACGCACGUAUGAACAUGCCCAACGCACCCCCGGCUGCAUGGUAUAACCUACGUGGGUCUCGCUUGGGAGGGUUCGGUGGCCGUAUCGGAGGAUUCAUGCCCAAUGAUUCGAGAAGCCGUAAUGCACGUGGCAAUCGCAACCGUCGCCAAACGGGCCAGGAGGCUACAGCUGCGCCGAUUGCGGAAGUUGCUACCGUCACUCAGCCUCCCGUCACCGCAGAGGUGACCCGACCAGCUGCGGCUCCCGCCGUCUCAGGUGCGCGGCAGGGGUUCUCGAACCUGAGGUUCUGGAGGAGAAACAGAAACGGUGACAGUAACAAUACUGCGCCGAGUCAAGCUGAAGAGGUGACAGCUUCCAGCGAGGCUGUGACUCCGUCGCAGCUGGAGGCUGGUACGCGUGCAGCGCCUGUGCCAAACACUGAAGUGGUGCGGUGA